CAAUAAUUUUAAGGCCCAAUAAUAAAGUAUUACGCGUUUUUUUGUAUAUUUCUCUUAUUAUUAUUACAUUUAAUUUAGCUUCGAGUGUGGUCGGAUCAGAGAGAUCUGAGAGAGCUUCUCACGAUGGAGUACCGUAAAAUCAAAGACGAGGAUGAUGAUCAUGACGUGGCUUCUGAUCUCGAGAGUUUAAAGGGAAAACCUCACACCGUUGCUUCGAGUAACAUUGCUCUGGUUGGUGCUGGAUCGAACGAAAGAACCAACUGGAAACGAAAGGGGGGCAGGGGUGUAGUAACAUGUGCACUGACCAUCCUCACGAGCUCCCAAGCCAUACUCAUAGUUUGGUCUAAACGAGCUGGCAAGUAUGAGUACAGUGUUACCACCGCCAACUUCUUGGUUGAGACUCUAAAGUGUGCGUUGUCUCUUCUUGCGUUGACAAGAAUAUGGAAGAACGAAGGUGUUACUGACGAUAAUAGGUUAAGCACAACGUAUGACGAAGUUAAAGUCUUUCCCAUUCCUGCUGCUUUGUAUCUUUUCAAGAAUCUCUUACAGUACUAUAUUUUUGCAUACGUUGACGCGCCAGGCUAUCAGAUAUUGAAGAACCUGAACAUCAUAAGUACUGGUGUCUUGUACAGGAUUAUACUCAAGAAAAAGUUGAGCGAGAUUCAGUGGGCGGGCUUCAUCCUAUUGUGUUGUGGAUGCACCACUGCUCAGUUGAAUUCAAAUUCUGAUCGUGUACUUCAGACAUCUCUUCCCGGCUGGAUUAUGGCAAUUGUUAUGGCUCUUUUAAGUGGUUUCGCUGGAGUGUACACAGAGGCUAUAAUAAAAAAGAGGCCAUCAAGGAAUAUAAAUGUACAGAACUUCUGGCUAUACGUCUUUGGGAUGGCUUUCAAUGCUGUUGCUAUUGUCAUCCAAGAUUUCGAUGCCGUGGCUAAUAAAGGAUUCUUCCAUGGUUACUCAUUUAUCACAGUACUCAUGAUUCUCAACCAUGCUCUCAGUGGUAUUGCUGUGUCAAUGGUGAUGAAAUAUGCAGACAAUAUUGUAAAGGUUUAUUCGACGUCAGUGGCAAUGCUUCUCACCGCGGUUGUCUCUGUAUUCCUAUUCAAUUUUCAUCUUUCACUAGCUUUCUUCCUUGGUUCAACGGUCGUCUCUGUUUCAGUAUAUUUGCAUUCAGCUGGGAAGCUACGAUGAUAGGCAAAGAAGGAUCUCUAAUACUUGAGCUGCCAAAAGAAAAGUCUUGCCAUUAUUCUAGCACAGAGAGAUGAAGCUUUUUUUUGACAAUUGUGAUAUUGUAUUUCGUGUAGCCUAUAGGGUAAAUUCACAUUCAAUAUUUGAAAAAGAGCAUAAUGUAGCACUCUUGUGCAAAUCAGGCAUUACCUAAAAGACACUGGUGGAGAUUUAAAAAAAAAUUAUUAAAAAAGUAUUAUUGUUAUUAAACA